AUAUAUAUAUAUAUAUAUAUAUAUAUAUAUAUAUAUAACAUUAGGGGCAACUACUGACUGUAGUUGCCCCCGUUUUAAUCUCACACACACCUCAGUUUACCCUGGCUCGUACCGGUAAUCCCUUUCUCCAUGCUUCCUUCCGACAGACCCAUACUAAGCCUAUUCAGGCUUUUGGUAUAGUUGAAAGACGUACAGGAAGGCUCAUCUCGGGAUCCCGGCUUAUCGCCUUGCAAGUCCAAACUUUCUGCGCUUCUAACAGUUGUGGGAGCGUAUCAAUACCAUCAAAUGUUCAUCUGAAAAUGUAGUUUUAGUGUCAUUCUUAAACAGUGGCAGAACUUGUAAAAUGUGUUUUGUACGACCUGGCUGUCGCCUGCAUUACUACCUUUUUAAAAUGUCUUCCAUUGCCAAAAUCCUCGUCUUUCAUGAUGUUAACAUACUUUAAGCUUUAUUUGAGUAUCUCCACACACUAGCACGUAUAGCACUAUUGUUUGAUUUUGUGUCGGCCAGGCACAUUUGAGAAUUGACUUUGGGGUUCUUAUCUCAACUAUUUUACACCCAUAAUGUUGGCGCGGAUUGUGCUUUUAGAUGGAUUUUUUAUUAAAGGGGCAAUCAGUAGUUGCUACAUCCAUUUUUGGACUUACCAUUCAUUUAGAAGUACCCAUUGAUUCAUGAAGAAUAUAAAUUGAUGCCUCGUGAGUUUAAACUGUUGUACCCCAUCAGAACGCAAAAUACACUGUGUAUAAAACAUUAGGAACACCUUCCUAAUAUUGAGUUGCACCAUCUUUUGCCCUCACAACAGCCUUAGUUCAUUGUGGCAUGGACUCUACAAGGUGUCAAGCAUUCCACAGGGAUGCUGGCCUUUUUUGACUCAUGCUUCCCACAGUUGUGUCAAGUAGGCUGGAUGUCCUUUGGCUGGUGGACCAUUUUUGAUACAUGGGAAACUGUUGAGCUGUGAAAAACCCAGCAGUGUUGCAGUUCUUGACAUUCUCCAACUGGGGCACCCACUACCAUACCCCGUACAAAGGCACUUAAAUCUUUUGUCUUGCCCGUUCACUCUCUGAAUGUCACACAAUCCAUGUCUCAAUUGUCUCGUGGCUUAAAAAUCCUUCUUUAACUCGUCUCCCCUUCAGCUACAUUGAUUUUGAAGUGGAUUUAACAAGUGACAUCAAGAAGGGAUCAUAGCUUUCACCUGGUCGGUCUGUAAGCGCAGGAGCUCCUAAUGUUUUGUGCACUCUGACUUAUAUACUGUAUAUGAGCUACUACAGAGGUUAAAGGAGGAGGCUCAUGGACGUGACUGGAUUACUACGUUUUGUUUUCAAGGGCCUUGACAGUGAGUUGUAUAUUUGCUGUGAUGGGUUUUCUUUUUUUUCAACAGUUACUUCCGCUUCCGUUAUCUUCUGUCAUUGAUACAGAAGUGUGUUUAUAAUUACAGUUGGAUACUGUAUUGGUGUGGUGGUAAUUGUCUUCAUUGGCUGAAAGUUGGUUUGUGUAACAAGAUUGGGUACACACAACCGGGGUCAACAACUCAAACGUCUUUGCUGCUUCUGAUGAGCUUGAUAUGGGGAAAGAGCUUGUUGCCUGAAAUAUAAUCUUACCAGACUCAGAUGUGUCAUCUUUGGUGAAAUCUGUGUCCCAAAUGGCACCCUAUUGCCUAAGUGCACUACUUUUGACCAUAGGCCCUGGUCUAACAGUACUAUAUAUAUUAUGGAAAAGGGUGGAUUUGGGACAUACAUCAUAAGUGCCCUAUUCAGAACAGGACCCAUUACAAAGAGAAACCUCGUCAGUUGAAAAUAACCAAGCACCAGUGUACAUUACAACCAGGUGUGUGGGGGGAGGGGCUCAAACUUUUCUAUGAACAGUAUUUCCUUUGUAUUUCAAUGUAAGAUAUUUUUGAAGAGAUUAAAUGAAAUGGAUCAAUACAUGCUGUAAUAAGUGUCAUUCAUUGUUGAAUUAUGAAUAAAACCAACAAAAAUAAACGAUUGUAUUAGCAAAGUCCUCUUGCAUGUAAAAGAAAGUCUGGUUAGAUUACAUAGUGAAUGUUUUAGUGAGAAUCAACUCGCCUGCAAGUUUUCCAUGAAUUUAGCUGCUAAUAGUGGUAGAUAACCUUUCCAAUCAACAAAGGGUAUAUAGUUGAUUCUCUUCAGCUUCUGGUUAAUUGGAUAAUUGAAUGCCAAAUUUCUUCUCACUAGCAAAAUGUUAAUCUGUCAACAGAGUAACAAACACCUACUUUCAAUCUCAUGGGGUAGUUCUCGUUAUCAAAUCUAAAAUCCCUCUUCCAACGACAUAUGGGUUCAAGGAUACAACAGUGGCUCUGAUUUGGGAAGUGAAUACAGGUACCAGCAGUCCCCAGGUGGAUUCACCACCUCCCAGUCAGGACCGAAAACCAAGAGGUCAGCCCUCCAGACGAUGUAGAGUCCCAGCUGUCUGCCACAGUUGCCAGGGAAGUCUUCAGUGUUGGAGACAUCGAGGUCAACCAGGUGAGUGUUUCUGUUCCACCAGGUGAGGUGAGGGUCCCUGUUCGUAGAGAAAGCUAGAGCCCUUUCUCAGUAGGUCAUAUCAUGUUUAUCCACCUCUUUCACCAUGAAAUACCUGGUCACACACAAACCGUUGUGGCAGUGUUGCAUUGAUUGCACACUGGUCUGUAUUUGAUUUCUUAAUGAAAUUAACCGAUAUCCUGUACUCUGGACGACAUGACUGGACCACUGUUGGACGUAAAGCUAUGGGUGUACACUGCGGUAAGUAGUUAUGGGUCUUCGUCCACAAAUGGCUCAAAUGAAAACUAGGUCUUUGAAAAAUAGGGCAUAAUAUACUGUUCCCCCAGGGACUUAUGUCAAAGUCUCGAAGUCUGUGCAUCAUUCAAAUAAAUGUAUUCCAUUCAGUACUUCAAGUCUAGUAUUUGUAUGCAUGAUUAUGGCACAUUUUGUCCCCCUUUAUGUAUCUCCUGCCAGGGCCCAAGGUCAUUGUUGGCUUUCAACCGCUGUUGCCUUGAGGACCUGAAUUAGGUCACCUCACAUGCUGGAGGUAGUGCAGGCCCACAUGCAGCACAACAGGAACCUGUGUAGUGGUGAUAAUGCUGGGGACAGACGCAUCAACGUACGGGCUGAGUACCAAUCAGAGCCAGGUGUUGAAUCUGCUCGAGCUGCUCAGACUCAAAAGCCCAGGGGCAUCAGUCAACAGGAGCUACACAUUAAGCAGGAUUACCUCAGCAUGACUGUCAUCAAGUAACGGAUGUGCUUUCUUUAUUUGGAUGUGUUUAGUAGGGGGAAAUGUUUUAAAUCGUAGAGAAAUGGGGAGUUUUGGUCUUAAUCCUUCGCCUUUAUUCCAUGUAACCAGUCCUUGGAGUUACUAAUUAGUGAAGGCCACAUUUUCUCCACCAUUGACAAGCAUUUCUGGUCCACUACAGGCUAGAGAAUGUCUUCUGUUGUUUCAGGUCCACUUACAUGAAUGGCUAUUAUAAUUUGUUUAAUAAAACGACAGAACAUUUUGGUUUAUCAACAUGCAUGACUGAUACUUGUGAUGGGACCAGUUCUUUAGAAUGUAUUUGUUUAUUUAUUAUUUACAUUCAAAUAUGGAGAUUCUGGUGAAUGUGUUGACUGUGCCCUUGUUUUAUUUUGUUUGAGGUCCUCAAUGGUAUGUGACAGCUGAUGCACAGUGUAAAAUGUUGAUUGGCUAAACGAAUACUUGCAAUGAAAAUAAAUAAUUGUACUGUCUUGAUUAGUAAAAUAAUCAACAACAACAUGGUGACAGACUUCCACAAUUUUAUCUAAACUUCAAAAUAACAGUAGGCAAAUUUUCAAUAAAGUAUUUCAUCAUAAACUACGAUACCCAGCUUUCUACAGACUAACCUGAAGUCCUCACUUUCCCAGCAUUCACUAGUACACGGUGUAAGAUGGCAGCAAACUCAAGCACUAACACACCUCUUUUUGACUGCCCGUCAUGGGCAGGGAAACCUCCCCCUGGACUUCAUCUAGAUGUUGUGAAGGGAGACAAGCUAGUAGAGAAGCUAAUCAUUGACGAGAAGAAAUAUUAUCUGUUUGGGCGGAAUCCAGACGUGUGUGACUUCACCAUAGACCACCAGUCGUGUUCUCGUGUCCACUCAGCCCUGGUCUACCACAGACACCUCAAGAGGGUUUUCCUGAUCGACCUCAACAGCACUCAUGGUACGUUUCUCGGUCAUAUCCGUCUGGAGCCCCACAAGCCCCAGCAGGUGCCCAUCGACUCCACUAUGUCGUUCGGGGCGUCCACACGGGUCUACACCCUGAGAGAGAAGCCCCAGCCCCAGAUCAGCACCAUACCUGGGGGAGAGGUGAAGGCAGGGGAGGAUGAGGAGCUCAAAGGACUACUGGGUCUACCUGAGGAGGAGACCGAGCUGGAGAACCUGACAGAGUUCAACACGGCCCACAACAAGCGUAUCUCCACCCUGACCAUUGAGGAUGGAAACCUAGACAUCGUGAGGCCCAAGAGGAAGAGGAGGAGCAGCAGGGUCUCCUUCAGCGAGGAGGAGGAGGUCAUCAACCCAGAGGACGUGGACCCGUCAGUAGGGCGCUUCAGGAACAUGGUACAGACUGCUGUUGUCCCUAUCAAGAAGAGGAAGAUGGAGGGUCACGCUUCACUAGGUCUGGAGGACUCUGUGGCCAGACGCAUGCAGAACUUCCCCUUCAGUGGAGGGCUCUAUGGAGACCUCCCACCCACCAGUGGAGAGGCCGGCUCCCUCCCCGCCGCGGCCCAGGCUGGAGCUACUAUCCUGGGGGGCCUGCCGCUGGUCUUCCCUAACCCUGCUCCAGAGGUGGACUUCUCCCCCACCUCAGCCUCAGCACAGCCCUCCGUCACCCUCAACCCUGCUGCUAACCCUGCCCCUGGACCAUACACGGCCGAGGCGCUCAACGAACCACGCAAGAAGAAAUAUGCCAAGGAGGCGUGGCCAGGGAAGAAGCCCACGCCUUCUCUUCUGAUAUAGGUCGUAUUCAAAAUGGCACCCUAUUUCCCUUAGUGCACUACAAAGUUAAUGCACUAUAUAAGGAAUAGUGUGCCAUUUCAAAUUUGCACAUAGCACCUCCCUGGACAAUGUAAUGGGAGGGGUUAGUAUUUGUUAGGAGAGUGGUUACAUUUCUGAACAACCAAUCAAUCAAAACUUCCUGUACUGUACAAGCUGUGACAAAGGGAUAUAUAAGCAACCCUGAUAUAGGGAGACGUUUGUAAAAAAUAAUAUAUUAUUAUGGUUUGGAUGUUUUUUUGUUGUUGGUCUGUCUGCUUCAAAUGUAUAUUAUAACAUGUUUUGGUUUUUUAUUGCUCAUCUCACUUGUACUGACAAAGUAGUGUCUGUCUGAGCUCAGAUUAAAAUGCUAUUUCAACUAAUUUAACCUAUACACAUACGCAGGCUUCUUGAAGCUUAUCAUAUGACUUACUGUAACAGAUUGGUGCAUAUGAACCAUUUGUUUUACAGGUUUAUUUAAACUAAACGAAACACUGCUCUGUUACAAAAACAAUCUUAUAAAUUUGCUAUUCACUCUGAAUUUGUGGAUAUUUUAAGUGCCGUUGGUUUCACUGAAAACCGUGUUACUGUCAAGACAGGGUAACGUUAACCAGACAAAGUCCACUAGACAUUUUAGUAAUCCACUCAGACAAGGCUAUGAACUGAGGGUCAAAAUUGUCUUUAAAGAAAUUAGGAAGAAACAAACCAGUUUGUGUGUGAGACAGUCGUUAUGUUUUUGCUAUUUUUAUACAAUUAUUCGGCAGUUGGUUGAAAUGGAACCCAUUAUUGGCAGAUAUGUAUGAAAUUCAGUUAAGAAGAAUACAUUUAAAAAAAAAGUUUAAACAGUGACAUGAUGGUAAUUACAAUUCAUAUCUUUGUUUGAUAUUUGUAUAAUAAACAGUAGUAAUCCAUA